AUGUAUUGGGGUCAAAUGCAUCCCACAUUAUUGAGCCAACAUUCUAUUAUGCUUCUAAUAUUUCUUUUUCCUUUAAUAAUCGCUCUAGUAACUGCGCCAACUGUUAAAAUGAUAGUGGUCUGGGGGACACCCGUCACCUACAGUAAUCCGAUAAAGUAUGAAGGGGACAGUUUGGGAGACUGCAUUACAAAAUGUUUGGUGGAGGAUUGUUGGAUGGUUUCUGACUAUGACACUAGCUGCUAUUUAUUCCCGAGUGAUUCUGUUUCAAGUGUCAAAAUGCUUGAUGAGAGUUCCGGAAGGAGAGUUGCAUUUAAAAGAACAAUGGACUCUGAUCAAUGCUUAAUCAACAACGAUUCUCCAUUUUUUGGAGAGUCCACAAUUCAAGACCCCCUCUACAACCUCAUCAAAACAUUUUCGGCUGAUGGAUCACUAACUUGGCAGUUUAAUAUGAAAUGUGCGGUCGAUUCAUUUUUGGUGACAAGAGGGAAUUAUUCAGUUUGUUUAUCGACUCGCGCCUUCCCAGACCCUUACUGCAUGAAUGGAAAUGCAGCCCAGUCACUAUGCCAAGAGGAUGAUGGAAACGGGAUGUCUGCUCAGUAUUCAAUCGAAGAGCUGGAAAUCAUUCAGGAAUCUUGGCGCCAAGUAUACACGACCGCAAAUGUUGGAUUAGGUACACCAGCAACCUAUACCGCAAAUUUGUGGACCGAUGGCAGUUGUACUAACAAUGCAGACAUUUGUAGUUAUUCUGACCCAACUCUUAGUCCAGUAUUUGGAAACUUCAUGAUCCCACUGUGACCGGAGUUUACGCAGUCGGAUGCCAAUUAACAACUGCGUGGGCUGCCGGGAGCUGCCUUCGAGGUGCACUUUGUAGAACGUCACCUGUUUCUUAA